AUAACCUACCCACAAGAAUGCAAGAGUGUGAGGCAAAAGCUCUUGUGAGACACAGGAGUUUUUCUUCCACUCUAGGCCUCAUCAUAGCAAAAGGAAGGAAGAGGACGUAACUUGCGCAGAAGUCAGGUGAACAUGUGGAUAAAGGAUAAACCUUGCAUGGUGUCAGCAUCAGGCAGGAUCUGAGGAGGGUUGUAUAAUGAGAAGGAAAACAUCUGGACCUUGUGUGUACAAAGACGGGGAGUCCAGAGUGGUUUGCUCCUUGAAUAGAGCUCUCAAACAGACUCCUUCCUGUCAGCAUUCUAUCACUUCAUGGAAAGUCAAAGAAGAAGGGACUAAGCCGCAGGUGGAAGUUUGAUCUGCAUGUUUCUGAACUGGACACAACACAUCCACUGUCUCUACUGUCCUUCCCAUCAGAAUCUUCUGUGGUUUCAAAGGCAGACUUCACAUAAAAAUGUUCUGGUAUUCAUAACUGCCGGAGAUAAAUGUGCAUUUGGUUGAGUGCUGGCCAUCCCUCAGUCAUCAAUGCUGAAAAGAAAAAAGAUUGCCUUAUCAGUGGUGAACAAAAUUGAGAUCUUAUGGAAAUUCAGACAAAUGCUAUAAACUUCUGGCCAUUUACUACAAAUUAUAUUUUUGGUUUGAUUUGCGUAUGACCUCCUGAGAGCCAAGGAUCUUGUUGAACCAUGAUGGAGUCAAUUACUGAAUUCUUCAAUGAUUUGUGGACGCUUUUGGUCACCAAACACAAUGAGGGCAUUUACAACACAGUGUGUGUUAUUGUGCUCCUUAUGAUGCCUCUACUUGUUUUCUUUACUUCCCUGGUGGUUUGCUGUCACUGCUGCUCGUCCCUUUGCAGAGGAUGCCACUGUUGCUGUUGUAGAGAUUCUGCCACACUGACAGGGACACAGGUUGAUAAAAAAAAGAAAAAGAAGAAGAAAGGUAACCAGAAUGAGGAGGACUUGUGGAUUUCAGUCAAAACAGAUGCCAUGACUCCAGAUAGACUGGCCCUUACCAUCGUGUAGAUGGGCAAUGAUUUGUUUCAAAAUAUGAAUUGCAUGUUUAUAUAUGCCUAGCUCAAUCAUGUUAUAUCAUUAAUAUUAAGUCAAGCCAACUGGAUGAAUUAUAAUACUGAAGAUGUAGGUUCUCCACUCAUUCAAGAGAUAAGUUCAGAUAAUAAUGUUUACUAGAUAUUUAGAAUGACUUUCCUAGAUGAACAAACAAGAAUUGUGUGGAUUGGAUAAAUAAUACAAGAAUAAUCCUUUCCCUACCCCUAAACUUUGAGUUGUUUGUGCAAUACACUUCCCAUACAACGCUGCUGACAGAGCAAAAAAGCUUCCUGAACAAGUAAGGCAUUUGUAUUAAGCAAGAACAGGUCUGUAAGAAAUAAAUGCCUUUUUGAUAAAAAGAUAUCAACCUUUUAUACAUUUUGCUGAUUUCUUUUUCAUCCACUGUUAAAGAAUAAGAAAAGUGUGGAAAAUCAGUUGAAUUAGCACAUGCAAGUAUGUGUGGGAUUAUGAAUUUACUUAUGCAGAGUGGUUUUUUUUUUGCUUUUUCUAUACUAUUGAUGUAUACAAAUGAUCUAUGUCUUAUGUGCAACCUAAUUAAAAUAAAGGUACUGUAUUUUUUUAUUUUCUGUUAUAAGAUUUCCUUGCGAUCAUAGCAUCUCUUCUUGAAUAUGUUACUAAGUUAACAUAGGUUACUGUAAAAUUUGGGCAGGAUGUUCUCAUAUAACAGUGCAGACAUCUCAGCACAUCAGUUUUCUGAAAUGAAUCCUACUGCCCUAGUAACCCUAAAUGUAGUUAUUUCAUUCAGUGUCAUUUAAUCUGAACAAUAUCUCUACACAUAAAAAUAUCUGUUCCUCUAGAUACACAGGCAGUAAGUGGGUGAAUGAGUAUUUCUAUACAUGGAAACACCCUGAAACUCUUUUCUUUUUUUCCUGAAGGCUUUUUCUUUCAGAGCACCAGACAUUGGGUGAUGGAAUAACCUGGGCUGUUAAAGUAACUCUAAUCCAACCACGAUUUGGCUUCUUUCACUAAAACAAGCACUCCUUGUUUUGCCUCAACUCUGGCUCCUUCUACAACAGGAGGAGUGGAAAAAUGUUAUUCUGGUGAGAGAAGAGUGUGAUUGGCCCAAUGCUUUUUAAACUGCAUAAAAUAUAUAAGAAUAUAUAAAUAUUGUCUUUGUAAGCAUCUUAAACUAUAGUAAGCCUAGCCUAUUUCCUGUAUUACUUUACAUCAUUACCACGUGUGUUUACAAAAAGAGGAAACCAUGCACACCCUAUCUCUUUGCAGGAAACUGAUACCUAUUGAGACAUUUGAAUGCAUAGAAUGAAGCUAUGAAUAAAGAUACAAUAAUGAUAAUAAGUGGUACAAUAAUGAUACAGAUGCUUAAUACUAAAAGCCACUUUACUGGAAAUUUAAUGAAGUACAAGUGAAUUUAAUGGAGCGACAUUAAAUUCACUAGGCUUAUUUUCUGAAAUGCCACUUUGACAAUUUACAUUGCUCAAACCAAAGGUGCAUAUCAGGUCAAGUGCAUGGCUGUGAGAGUGGGAGUAAAUGAGCAAGCUGAAACUGAAAUAAUUUAGAACAGGAAUACUGUCAUAGGUACUAGCAAGGUCAUGAGCCUAUGUAUAGAAAGAUCUCUUUAUUAUUUAUCUCCCCCAAUAGGGGCCGCUGGGGCCAGAGAAGUUAGCCAGAGAAGAAUGCUACUUUAACAUGUUAACAAUAAUUAUAUAUUUUAAUAACGAAAUAAAAUCAUUUAGUCAUAAUAUUCCACUGUUAGUCAUAUUAUCGUUUAUUUAAAAUAAAAAAAAUCAAAACUGUAUUUCUCUCAUUUG